GAAAUAAUAAAUAUGGACCAAUCUCUUACCUUGUCAUUUUCAUAACGUUUUGAAUUUCUAAGAUAGUGAGAGCCGACGGUUUGGAGGAAAUUAAUCAUACACAAGUCUGGCACUAAAACGAAAUUAUGAAAGCACCCUCUCAACACCCACCCUCAAUUUCUCCUUUCAAAAGCUAAUAAACUUGAAUGGAGGGAGGGAAAGAUAGCAAUAGCAACAGUAGCUUCAAUUUCAAAACCAACUUUUUAUUUUAUUUUUGCCCUUUCAUCUGCUUUUUCUUUUCCUUCAAGUACUACAUCUCUCUUUCUAACUGAUAUAUGUUGGUUGGAAAAAAUGGUGUUGAGUACUCUUUAAAUCUAACUCCACUUGCUCCAUACGUGUCCCUGUACUAUCUAACCUCUUUCAGGCAAAUCCUCAGAACCAUUUCCUUUUCUUUAUAUUGUUUCGAGCAUCCACUUAAUAAAAGAAGUAGCCUAAGUCUUGAUCUCUUCAUGUGUUAUCUUCAUUUAUUUUACGACACCUAGCUAAUUCUCAUAAUUCCACAACCGCCAUGCAACUAGACUCUUGUUCCAUUUGUCAGUCAAUUCAAUCAUCAAGCAUUGAUAUAAUAAUGCCUUUCCGGUUAGUCUCAGCAUGGAACAAGCGCCGCAGAAGCAACAACCAGGAUCAUACUGACCCCUGGAUUCACAAACCUGCAGAGUACUGGGAAAUUGAAGAUCAAACACUCCGGCCAACAAAACGGUGCCAUGGAUCAUCAGUUUUCACACUCAAGGAGAUGAAGGAGGCAACAAGCUCUUUCAGUGAUGAGAAUCUGCUUGGGAAAGGAGGAUUUGGCCGAGUCUACAAGGGCACUCUACGAUCAGGAGAGACAGUAAUGUAGCAAAGAGUGAUGGAAACAUACAAAUGCUCUCUCUGUAUUCUGAAGGUUGUUGCAAUCAAGAAAAUGGAGCUGCCACCACUCAAAGAAGCUGAAGGAGAACGUGAGUUCCGUGUAGAAGUUGAUAUCUUGAGCAGACUUGACCAUCCAAAUCUGGUUUCGUUGAUAGGUUAUUGUGCAGAUGGAAAGCAUCGGUUUCUAGUCUACGAAUACAUGCAAAAAGGGAACCUGCAAGAUCACUUAAAUGGUAUUAGUGAGAAGAAAAUAGAUUGGCCUUCAAGGCUCAAAGUGGCAAUUGGUGCAGCCAGAGGACUUGCUUAUCUCCAUUCUAGUUCUGAUGGAAGAAUUCCAAUAGUUCACAGAGAUUUCAAGUCCACAAAUGUUCUUCUAAACACCAACUUCGAAGCAAAGAUAUCUGACUUCGGACUAGCCAAACUGAUGCCAGAGGGCCAGGAGACUGAUGUGACUGCCAGAGUUCUUGGCACAUUUGGCUAUUUUGAUCCCGAGUAUACAUCAACAGGAAAAUUAACUUUAAAAACUGAUGUCUAUGCAUUCGGAGUGGUUCUUCUAGAGCUUUUGACGGGACGCAGAGCUGUGGACUUAAACCAGGGACCAAAUGACCGAAACCUUGUACUCCAGGUUAGGCACAUUCUGAAUGACAGGAAGAAAUUACGAAAGGUGAUCGACCCAGAGAUGGCUCGAAGUUCAUACACCAUUGAAUGUAUAGCUAUGUUUGCAAACCUGGCAUCACGCUGUGUCCGUGUUGAGAGCAGACACAGGCCCUCAAUGUCAGAAUGUCUGAAAGAACUCCGACUGAUUUUCUGUACAAAUGCAAAAGGCCUAGGGCAUGGCUUUUAGGAUGGGUUGAGAAAUGUGGAUCUUUCACCAGCUGUGAAAAUUUAAAUCCUAUCAACAAUAAGGACACUUCAAAUUAUGAAAAAACACUAUUACCAGGGCAAUUGGGAAAAAUACAUGAAAACAUAAGGUAUUUGAGUUAUCUAUGAGUCAAAACAAAAACAACUUUAGUAGGACCACGUCGAAAGUCAUUCCAUGGUAAGGAAACUAUUGGAGAACUGAAACUUUUUAAGAGAUAAUAUUUCCUCAGUACUUUUAGUUCUA